AUGACUUCUUUCGAUAUUCAAAAAGACAUUGUAAGUUCUUGUGCAAAAGAAACGUUGAAAGCGAUUAUUGAAGACUUAAAUGGUGAUUUCCUUAGAAUUUUGGUUGAUGAGUCUAAAGAUGUUUCUCAUAAGGAACAAAUGGGGCUUGUUUUGCGGUAUGUCAACAAAGAGGGUAAGCUUAUUGAGCGAUUUCUUGGUCUUGUUCAUGUUAAAGACACAUCAGCGAAGUCGUUGAAAGAAGCGAUCUAUUCUUUGCUUUUAAAUCAUUCUUUGAGUCUAUUCCAAAUACGGGGAAAAGGUUAUGAUGGAGCUAGUAACAUGCAGGGAGAGCUUAAUGGUCUUAAAACUUUGAUUUUGAAAGAGAACUCUUCAGCAUAUUGCGUACAUUGCUUUGCUCAUCAAUUGCAAUUUACUCUUGUAGCUGUUGCGAAGCAACAUGAUGAUAGCAGGGAGAUGCUUCGAGAUGAUCAAGCUGAAAAAUUAAAGGUAUUAUUAGUGCUUGGUAAAGUUCAUACGGAAAGUCGAUUAAAUCAGAAACUUGGACUUCAAAGAUCCGGUGAUACUCGUUGGGGGUCCCAUUUUAAGAUAGUACGUAACUGCAUUUCCUUAUUCUCAUCAAUUGUUCAUGUACGUGGAGUUCUUGAAAAAGAAGGUGCAAAUUAUCAUGAGAAAGCAUUGGCAAAAAGUCUAGUGGAAGAUAUUCGAUCUUAUGAGUUUGUCUACAUGUUGCAUUUGAUGUUGAAAAUUUUGAAUGGUAUUGUGAUUCCUGAAAUGAAUGAGAAAUAUGGUCUUGAAAAGUCGAAGCACAAGAGCUCAAGUGUUACAUAUUCUCAUCAUUUGCGUGUGAAAGUUUUUUAUGUUGUUAUUGAUUUGCAACUUUCAGAGCUUAACAAUCUCUUUAGUGAAGUGAAUACUGAUCUACUUCUUGGAAUGACUAGUUUGAGUCCUGAGAAUUGUUUUGCGAAUUAUGAUAAAGACAAGAUCAUGAAGCUUGCUAUAUAUUAUCCAAAUGAGUUUAGUGCCUCCAAGCUUGAAGAUCUUAGUUUUGAUCUUGACAAUUAUAUUUACUAUGUGAGAGAAGUAGAUAAUGCUUUCUCUAAUUUGAAAGGACUUGAAGAUCUUUCGAUGAAAUUGGUUGAAACAAAUAUGCACAAGACGUGGGAACUUGUUUAUUUGCUUAUGAAAUUAAGCUUGAUAUUGCUCGUAGCUACUGCAACAGUGGAAAGAGUUUUUUCCUCCAUGAAAGCUAACAAUCGCUUUAGUGAAGUGAAUACUGAUCUACUUCUUGGAAUGACUAGUUUGAGUCCUGAGAAUUAUUUUGCGAAUUAUGAUAAAGACAAGAUCAUGAAGCUUGCUACAUAUUAUCCAAAUGAGUUUAGUGCCUCCAAGCUUGAAGAUCUUAGUUUUGAUCUUGGCAAUUAUAUUUACUAUGUGAGAGAAGUAGAUAGUGCUUUCUCUAAUUUGAAAGGACUUGGAGAUCUUUCGAUGAAAUUGGUUGAAACAAAUAUGCACAAGACGUGGGGACCUGUUUAUUUGCUUGUGAAAUUAAGCUUGAUAUUACCCGUAGCUACUGCAACAGUAGAAAGAGCUUUUUCCUCCAUGAAAUUUAUUAAAAAUGAUUUGCGAAGCAGGAUUGGCGAUGAUUUUUUGAAUGAUUGUUUAUUUUGUUAUAUAGAGGAUGAAGUAUUUGACAGUGUACAUAAUGAUGCGAUCAUUGAUUGUUUUCAAAACAUGAUAACUUGUCGAAUGCAAUUGUAA